AUGACCCAUCCGACUCCUAUCAAGGGAGCAGAGAAUCUGUCGUCACGAUGGACCUUUACUCAGGAUUUGGGUGGUUAUGACAUACCAAUUCGCCUAGAAGGAGAGAUUGGCGAUGUUAUCGUGCGAGGCACGAUUCCUGACUGUGUUGACGGGACUUUUUACCGCGUUGGUUCUGAUCACUUUACCCCCACACUGGACGGGCAUAGUCCACUCGAUGGUCAUGGGGUUGUGAGUGCUUUCAGAAUCCACAACGGUCGCGUCGACUUUAAGAUCAGAUACGUGCAGACCGACCGCUAUAAGAUUGAGAGGCAGCAGAGGCAAAGUUUCUGGGCCCAUAUACUAAACAAUCCGUUGGGCAAUCAUCCUUGUGUACGCGCCGUCCUCGAGCAGUCAGCCAACACCAAUGUGCUCUAUUGGGCGGGUAGAUUGCUUGCUCUCGGGGAGUCUGGCCCCGCUUACGCCUUGGACCCCGACACGCUCGAGACGAAUGGUGUGGACCCUUUCGGCAAUCAGAUCAUCACACCUGCUUUCACAGCACAUCCUAAGAUUGAUCCUAUCGUCGAGGAGCUUGUCACAUGGGUCAACUUUGAAGGCAAGCCUGGUGACCCCUCCGUGGCAUGGAACGUGGAUUUACCGGCCACCUUUAUUGUUGCUCCUCGCCAUCCGGACCAGCCCCUAGCUGGCUCAGGCUGGAAACCAUACGAGUCGCGUGUCUACCACCACCCAGUGAAUUCUGCAAUCAUCCACACCGCCGGUGCGUGGGAGGAGAAUAACAAUAUAUUCGUCGAAGGCACCUAUCCGCACGAUAGCCUCUUCCCAUUCUGGGGCCGGGCGGGUGAACGGAAGCCCCUAGAGAAGACCGUCGUUGAAUUAGUGCGCUUCGAGAUAAACAUAACUUUGCCAACGGACACACAGAUUCCAGAUCCUACAGUCCUGGUCGAAAUCCCUAAUGAAUUCCCCCGUAUCGAUGAACGAUUCUUCUGCAAAAAUUAUGACUAUAUCUUCAUGAACGUCUACCAACCAGAGUCCGACGGUGCCGAACUCACGAAUCAGGUCUUCUCCAACCUCAACGCCACCGCGAUGCUAAACAAACGCACGGGGGAAUUAAAGAUCUACUCACCAGGGCCGAAGUGUCGGUGCCAGGAACCGGUAUUUAUCCCGCGUUCCGACGACGCUCCCGAGGGUGAUGGGUACGUCAUUUUUGCCGUUGACCGCAUGAAUAUCAACCUCUCUAACGUGGUCAUCCUGGACUCUCGGGACUUUGAGCACCCCGUUGCCGUCAUUGAAUUACCCUUGCGUAUGCGCACCCAGAUUCAUGGUAGCUGGGUCGAUGCCAGAGAGCUUAAUGGUCGGCCUCUCGUGGCUGACCCUCCACUGCAUAACAUGGUUUGGAGUCAUGGGCUUUCCCCUCCUGCUCCGGGAAUGGAUCCUGUCUCGCGGAAGGCCUAA